CCUAGUACUGAAGUUGCUACCUCAGUAGAGCCUACAGCUGAAUCUGAGCCUGUCAAGGAGGCUGCUGUAACUGAAGCCUCUCCCAAUUUAGAAAAAGCAAAUGACAAUAUAGUCACCCCUGUGAAGCCUGAAGCUGCAGCUCCAUCUGUGCCAGAACAUGUUCCAUACCUGAUAAUUGGUGCAGGAACAGCCUCAGUAGCGGCUUUUAGGGCCAUCAAGGCAAAAGAUGCUAAAGCAAAGGUGCUUGUAAUCUCUGGUGAGGGUGAAGCUCCCUACAUGAGGCCACCCCUCAGCAAAGAGCUGUGGUAUAGUGAGGAGCCCGAAACAGCUACAAAGCUGAGGUUCAAACAGUGGAACGGGAAAGAAAGGAGCAUCUUCUUUGAACACGAUGAGUAUUACACCCCCAUUGAAACCUUAGCCACACGGGAGAAUGGAGGCAUCGCGGUUCUGAAAGGUCACAUGGCCGUCAAGCUGGAUGUGCACAAGAAACGCGUCUAUUUGGAUGAUGGGACUGAAAUUACAUACGACAAGUGCCUUAUUGCUACAGGAGGCAAACCCAAGUCCCUUCCCAUUCUGGACCGAGCUGGAGAGGAUAUUCAGAAGAGAGUUACCCUUUUCCGUGGCAUUAAGGACUUCCAGACUCUCCACAGCAUAGCGCAGGAAGGAAAGCACAUCACAAUUAUUGGUGGUGGAUUCCUGGGCUCAGAACUUGCCUGUGCAUUGGGUCACAAAGCAAAGACAAGCAAAGGGAAGGUGACACAGGUGUACCCAGAGUCAGGUAACAUGGGAAAAGUCCUCCCUGAAUACCUUUCCAAGUGGACCACUGAGAAGGUCAAGUCAGAAGGAGCUGACAUCAUCCCCAACUCCUAUGUUAAGAGCGUCAGUACCAAUGAUGAUGGCAAAGUGGUGUUAACUCUCAACACUGGAGUUGAACAUGUUACUGACCACAUUGUUGUAGCUGUUGGUCUGGAGCCUAAUGUCGAGUUGUCAAAGACCUCUGGACUGGAAGUUGAUGAUGUCCAUGGUGGUUUCCGAGUGAAUGCUGAGUUGGAGGCAAGGACUGACCUCUGGGUGGCUGGAGAUGCUGCCUGCUUUUAUGACAUCAAGCUUGGACGUAGACGUGUGGAGCACCAUGAUCACGCUAUUGUGUCAGGACGGUUGGCUGGUGAAAAUAUGACGGGCGUCGGCAAGCCAUACUGGCACCAGUCUAUGUUCUGGUCAGACCUGGGACCUGAUGUUGGCUAUGAGGCUAUUGGUAUUGUGGAUUCUUCCCUACCAACCGUAGGCGUGUUUGCUAAGGCCACCGAGAAGGACACUCCAAAGGCAGUGGUAGAAGCUACUGGAGAAGGCAUGCGGUCAGAAACUGAAAGUGCUGCAGAAAGUGGCACCAUAGCACAUUCCAGUGAGCCCCAUGCCCCUGUGUCUGGAGAGGAUUAUGGCAAAGGAGUUGUUUUUUAUCUGCGAGACAACAUUGUCGUAGGCAUUGUAUUAUGGAAUGUGUUCAACCGUAUGCCCAUUGCAAGGAAGAUCAUCAAGGAUGGCAAGAGUUACGAUGAUCUCAGUGAAGUGGCAAAGCUCUUCAGUUUGCAUUCAGAAUAGGGAUGCCAAUAGCUUUUCAGAUUGUUACUAUUUUUGACAUGGGUUCCUAAGAGUCAGUACUUUUUUUACAGUUGAACGUAAAUACCAGACAUUUAGAAAUGAACAAUGUUACUUGUAUAUAGAAUGAUACUAUGAAGUCAGCUACUGAACUAUGGCUUGUGUGCACAACAAGUUUAUUGAUAAAUUUUGUCUUUCCUUUCACUAAAUAUAAAACAUAGUCAUCCAAGAGACAGCAAAUGCUUGUGAAAUUCAAAAUCACUUAUUAACUUCACAGAAAGAUUGCACUUCAAGUUUGGUAUUUUCGCACAAUUCAAGUUUACAGACUGAAAGACUUCAUCUGAUAUCGCAUUAUGAUUGCAGAACUAAUGGUAUGGGGAGCUUCUUGCUAUUUCAUGAUUUUAAACUAUUGAUUGAUUCUUACACAUGUCAGAGCUGCAAGUGCAAAAGUUAAGCAGUAGUUUAAGUAAGUUGGAGUUAGAUAACAACAGUUAUUUCCAAGGUGCCAUAGCUGCAGACACCAUAGAGGCAAACAGCUGGUUUUCAAAGCCAAAUCUUGAUUUACAAAGGAAAUUUUUAUAAAAUUUUGGUGAUAGAAUGAGCAAAACGGCGAUGCUUUUCAAUAUAGCAAUUUAGGAAAAUAAUGUGAAGUGGACAAUUAAGAAAUAUAUGAUAGUAUAUUUAUGGUUGAUUUUAGUAUAGUGGUUAGUGAUUAUUAUGAUUAUUAUUAAUGAUAUUAUAAUUAUUAUUAUUAUUAUUAUUAUUUUCAUCAUCAUUAUUGCUCAAAACAGAUUUAGUAGAAGGGGAAGUUAGUUGCAUUGUGAAUUAUGCGUAGAAACAUCCUAGUAAGAAAGGUAAAAGUCGUUGUUCUUAUGAUUUAUGCGACAGUAACUGGUCUGAAGGUUUGCUACAGUGCAUAAGUCUUCAUCAUUCCUAAGUGAACCAUAGUCAUUACCCAUUUACCUGAGGAUACCAUCUACAGGCUUGAUUGUAUCUUCAUCUUUAUCCCCCUUUUUUUAGGGAUGUAGUUAAAUGCUGAAAAGCAAUUCCAUGUUGACACGAUGGAAGAGGAACCCAUAGUGCAUCCAAACUGGUUUACUUGGAGAAGUAAAUUAGCAGUUUGGAAAUCAGGGACUUCUGUGCUUAUGAACGGUUCUUGGUUGACUUCUUACGGGUUCUGCCAACAUUGUGAGCAUUGAAUACAAUGAAAUGAAAGCCCAAAGUAUAUUUUAUGCCGUAAAAGUUAAAUACUGGAGUCUUUAAAAAAGAAGAAAGUCCUGGAAAUGUUAAUGUUUGCCUGGCAUCUGAUGUUAGUGAGAGAUUCUUGUGAUUACCUAACACCCCUUCCUGCUUGCAAAGGAGGUAGGGGGAGUGUAUUGCAUGUUACUUUUCGUCUAUCAUUUUUCAUCUUGUGACACCAAGUCUUCCUCAAAAAAAGUUUAUUUGCCAUAAUUUUACUUGUUGAAGCAUUUGCCAAUGCUCAUUUGUGCGUGACACAAAAUCCAUCACAUGUGAGUUGUGUGUAAAUAAGAUAUUCUAUUGAACACAAAAAGCGGCACAUUGUACAUAGUGUAAGUGGCAUAAAAUAAAUGUUAGAUUCUUAGUACAAAGUAUUUUACUAA